AUGAAGAAGGAAAAGUCAAACCAGAAGCCAACAAGAUUAGGUUCAAUCGAUCGACUUCCAGCUCGAUUUCACAAUGCGCAAGAAGCUGUGAUGACUGAAGAUUCAUCAGCUGAGUUUAUGGAUGUUAUGGAUGGGAAUUUUCCCCUGUUACAGGUUGAAGAAGAUGCUCGACCACCUGCAAAUGGAGUUUCUAGUUUGAACCUGCAAGAAGAGGCAUCAAAUCUCUGGGCAAAGCUGGCGCCGAAGGCCAAUUAUGUUGGUGCUAAGCUUCACUUCACUCCUCCGGCGAAACAUGAGGGCAAGGUAAUUGCUAAGCUUGACCUAACUGAAAUUGAAUAUGAAUCUGAGUACUGGAAAACAGCAAUGCUAUGUGUUGUUAUGGGUGCUAAUCCACCCAUUAAAGUUUUUGAGGGAUUUGCUAGAAGAGUUUGGGGAGAUUUAGGGAUUGAAAAAAUUGCCAGAAUGAAUAAUGGUGUAACAUUAGUGAAAUUCAACGAUGAAGCCACCAGAGAUUAUGUCCUUGAGGCAGGGGUAGUGCACUUCGAUAACAAGCCUGUUAUCAUGCGACCUUGGACUCCUGAGGUUAAUUCUAUGAAAUUGAUCAAAUUUGUGUCUGUUUGGGUGAAGCUUCCUGGUUUGGGUCUUCAAUAUUGGGGCACCAACUGUCUUAGUGCUCUUGUUAGCACUAUUGGUACUCCUAUUAUGGUAGACAACAUAACCAAAGAAAGAUCCCAGGUGAAGUUUGCACGAGUUCUAGUGGAGAUAGAGAUUAAAGAUGAAGUUCCUGCAGCUAUAGAAUUUGAAAAUGAAUGGGGAGUUCUUGAUACUGUCCCUGUUGAGUAUGAAUGGUUACCCACAAAAUGCUCCAAGUGUGGUGGGUUAUGUCACAGGGCUGAUGUUUGUCGAUCAAACAAAGGACAUUCUAGGAUGUCUAAAACUGAGGCCAAAUCCACUAUACAAGUUGAGGAAAAAGAUAAUAAAUCCCUAGAAGGAUUAAGGGACCAAGAGGCAUUACCAGUACAUGAGAAGAGCCCCAUUAUAUUGGUGGAGAAGGAUGUCAUUAAUGAAGUGGGGAAUUGUUUGCACCAACAGUUUGACCAAGGAGGAGAAAAGGAUGUUUUGAAUAGGUCUGCUAAGUUAAUUAAGCAACCAAAGGAGAGUCAAUUAGGAGAUUGUAUUGUGGAGAAUUGGGAACUUCCAAAAAGGAAAAGUAACCAUGCAACAUUUUAUGCUGGGACAUUAGGUGAUUCAACAGGCAAAAGAAAGCAAGAGAAAGUAAGGGAAAUUCUUAACAGUAAUAAGGUGGGAAUUGGAGCAAUUUUGGAGACUAAAGUCAAAGGCAAUAAAAUUAAGGACAUUAUGGAUACUUCCUUGUAUGGAUGGGACCAUUACACCAGCCCCAUAAUAGAAGGAAGAAUUCUAAUUGUCUGGUUAAAUAAAUUUGUCAAUGUUGAGAUAUUGGCAGAGUCCGCCCAAUUUGUGCAUUGCCAAAUAAGGAUGACAGGACUAGAUGAGUCUUUUUGUCUCUCGUUUGUGUAUGGUAGUAACUCAAUAACCGAAAGGGCCCUAUUAUGGCAAAGAUUGGCUAACUUAUACAUGCCGGUCAAGCCUUGGACUCUUUGUGGUGAUUUCAACUUGAUCUUUAGCUACAGUGACAGAACUGGUGGGAAAUCGGUUAGUGCUGGGGAAUUAAAAGAUGCUAACCAAUGGCUAGCUCUUGGGUUAGCUGAUGAAAUGAAGAGAAGUGGUUCUCAAUUCACAUGGACUAAUAAUCAAGAGAAGGGAGAGAGAAUCUACUCGAAGAUUGAUUGGAUGGAUUUUGAGUUGGCUCAGGAAGAAUACAACAAGGCUCACCUUGCUCUUCAACAUGAUCCUCAUUCUCUCAUUUUACAGAUGGAACUAAACCAAGCUAGAGAGAAGAAGCUGAAAUGCAGCAACCUUUACGGCAGCCUACUUAAACAAAAGAGCAAGGUUGACUGGAUCAAGUUUGGGGACGAGAAUUCUGCUUACUUCCAUGCGUGCAUUAAGAAUAGAAGAGAUACUAACAGGAUUGCUUCUUUUGUUAAUGAACAGGGACAAGUAGUUGAGGAUUACUCAAAAGUUGUUCACCACUUUUUGUCUCAUUUCAAGAGCUUCGUGGGAAGCUCAAGUUCUGCAACAGAGACCAUUCUUCCCCAAUGCAUUGAAGAAGGCAAGCAACUAUCCUUGGAUCAGCAGGUAAAACUUAUUCGUCCUUUCUCAAUACAGGAUAUUAAGAAUGUGCUUUUCUCAAUUCCUGAUAUAAAAAGUCCUAGUCCGGAUGGUUUUGGAUCGAGAUUUUUUAAAAGUAUGUGGAAGGAUCUUGGACAGGAUUUCUCUACAGCCAUUUUGAGUUUCUUUCAGGAGGGGGCCUUGCCAAAACAAUUGAAUGAAACUCUUCUGAUGCUAAUUCCUAAAGUAGAGAAUCCUUCCAAAGAUAUAGACUACCGUCUGAUUGCCUGUUGUAAUACAAUAUAUAAAUGUAUCUCGAAGUUGAUUUGUAACAAAAUUUCAGAGGUUCUUCCUUGGCUAGUUAGUGACAACCAGGGAGCAUUUAUCAAAGAUCGCUCCCUAGCGCACAAUGUCUUGAUCCUCCAAGAUUUAAUCAAAGGGUACCACUGA